GACCAUUUUUGGCGAAAUACCCAAGUAUAUGAUAUUUAAUUCAUACAUUUGAUUUUGUUAGUUAAAAUAAAGCUUGUAAAAACUCUAUUCAUACGCUUGUAGUUCAUUGCAGUAAAAUGACGUCCACUGCUGGACAAAGGCCCCCCCAAGGAUUUCCAUUACGACCGGUCUGCGUUGCCCGCAUGCAGGUCAUCGUUCUACCUAAGUAAUGGGGGGCCUGCCCACACUACUACACGACGUCUUACAGGCUACAGCCCAUGGCUGGUCGGCUGGUCAGCACUUAACCACUCAACUUUUCUGCCUCAACGGCCAUCAGUCAACUCUAGUCUAGUAGAGCGAUGAACUACAGCUUCAACUAGUUUUCUAGUUUCAUGCUUGAAGGAAGAAAUUUAUUUGUAACUACAAUCCCAUAAUUUUUCUUCAAAAAUCUUAUUAGAAAUCUAACCACCAUGGUAUUGAAAAAUCAAGUCGUAUGAUACUAUUUUUUUUUCUGUCCGUACCUCAUGAAAACCAUAGGCAAAGUAAAACCUUUUUCAGGAAAUCGAACUGCUGGAAUCCAUUAUUGACCAUAGAGUAAAAUAUCCAUCCAUGGCCGAUCUCGUCGCUGUCAUGUCUUUUAUUUAAUUUUUCAGAAAUAUGAGGCUCCUUCAAUGAUUUUGAGUGGGUUUAUAGUGUGGAAGUGAUCGUGUGGCGGCGCGGUCUCGGUGAUACGGCUCGUUGGUCGGCGGCACCAUGUUCAGCGGGACGGUGCGGCUACGGGUCUGCGAGGCGACAGGACUGAGGCCGACCGACUUUCAGAAAAGGCAUAACAUGACCUUCGGGAAGCCAGACGAUCAGCCUAUAGACCCGUACGUUUCGAUCGACGCCGACGAGCAUCACCUAGACCGUUCGAGCACAAAACCCAAAACAUUUGACCCAGUGUGGAAUGAAACCUUCACACAUGAAGUUCAUAAUGUCACCAGCUUGGGUAUAACAGUGUUUCACGAUGCGGCUAUCCCUCCUGAUGACUUUGUGGCAAACUGCACUAUUCCAUUUGAGGAUCUUAUGCACCGAGACAAGGAUGCUUCAGACUUCUGGGUGGAUCUAGAACCUAAUGGAAAAUUGCAUCUCAAUAUCAAUCUGAAAUGGAAUUCUCAAGGCGCCGCGGCGGAGACAUGCCGGCAGACGCGCGAGUUCAAGGAGGGCGCGGGCUUCGCGCGGCGGCGAGGCGCCAUGCGGCGGCGCGUGCACCAGGUCAACGGGCACAAGUUCAUGGCCACCUUCCUGCGCCAGCCCACCUUUUGCUCGCACUGCCGCGAGUUCAUAUGGGGUAUUGGCAAGCAGGGAUACCAGUGUCAAGUGUGCACGUGCGUGGUUCACAAGCGCUGCCACUCGUCCGUCGUCACCAAGUGUCCUGGGAUGAAGGAAGAGCAACACUCGGUGGGCGUGUCGGGCGGUCAGCGGUUCAACGUCAACGUGCCACAUCGCUUCGUGGUGCACUCCUACAAGCGUUUCACCUUCUGCGACCACUGCGGCUCGCUGCUCUACGGGCUCAUCAAGCAGGGCCUGCAGUGCGAGGUGUGCUCGAUGAACGUGCACAAGCGCUGCCAGAAGAACGUGGCCAACAACUGCGGCAUCAACACCAAGAUGAUGGCCGAGAUCCUCAACGAGAUGGGCAUCUCGCCCGACAAGAACCCCCGCCCCAGGCCUUCCAAGUACUUAAACACACCUCUUAUGGAGGGCACUCCCGAGCUCGGCUCCUCCGGCGACGCGGACGGCAAGGACGGCGACAAGCACGACGACAAAGGCGGCGACGGCAUGGCGGGCGGCGGGCCGGACAAGGUGUCGCUGGAGGACUUCCACUUCAUCAAGGUGCUGGGCAAGGGCUCCUUCGGGAAGGUCAUGCUGGCAGAGAAGAAGGGCACCGAUGAGGUGUACGCGGUGAAGGUGCUGAAGAAGGACGCGAUCAUCCAGGACGACGACGUGGAGUGCACGCUGACGGAGCGGCGCGUGCUGGCGCUGGCGGCGCGGCACCCGUUCCUCACGGCGCUGCACUCCGCCUUCCAGACGCGCGACCGCCUGUUCUUCGUCAUGGAGUACGUCGACGGCGGCGACCUCAUGUUCCAGAUACAGCGCGCGCGCAAGUUCGACGAGCCGAGGGCUAGGUUCUACGCGGCGGAAGUGACGCUGGCACUGCAAUUCCUGCACUCGCACGGCGUCAUCUACCGCGACCUGAAGCUGGACAACAUCCUGCUGGACAGCGAGGGCCACUGCAAGCUGGCCGACUUCGGCAUGUGCAAGGAGGGCAUCCUGGACGGCGCGACCACCACAACGUUCUGCGGGACUCCGGACUACAUUGCGCCUGAGAUCCUGCAAGAGCUGGAGUACGGUCCAUCGGUGGACUGGUGGGCGCUGGGCGUGCUGGUGUACGAGAUGCUGGCCGGACAGCCGCCCUUCGAGGCCGACAACGAGGACGACCUGUUCGAGUCCAUCCUGCACGACGACGUGCUCUACCCCGUCUGGCUGUCCAAGGAGGCCGUCUCCAUCCUCAAGGGUGAGUGCCCCGACGCUGGUCCUGCGAGCCCGACACGAGGACGACCUGUUCGAGUCCAUCCUGCACGACGACGUGCUCUACCCCGUCUGGCUGUCCAAGGAGGCCGUCUCCAUCCUCAAGGGUGAGUGCCCCGACGCUGGUCCUGCGAGCCCGACACGAGGACGACCUGUUCGAGUCCAUCCUGCACGACGACGUGCUCUACCCCGUCUGGCUGUCCAAGGAGGCCGUCUCCAUCCUCAAGGGUGAGUGCCCCGACGCUGGUCCUGCGAGCCCGACACGAGGACGACCUGUUCGAGUCCAUCCUGCACGACGACGUGCUCUACCCCGUCUGGCUGUCCAAGGAGGCCGUCUCCAUCCUCAAGGGUGAGUGCCCCGACGCUGGUCCUGCGAGCCCGACACGAGGACGACCUGUUCGAGUCCAUCCUGCACGACGACGUGCUCUACCCCGUCUGGCUGUCCAAGGAGGCCGUCUCCAUCCUCAAGGGUGAGUGCCCCGACGCUGGUCCUGCGAGCCCGACACGAGGACGACCUGUUCGAGUCCAUCCUGCACGACGACGUGCUCUACCCCGUCUGGCUGUCCAAGGAGGCCGUCUCCAUCCUCAAGGGUGAGUGCCCCGACGCUGGUCCUGCGAGCCCGACACGAGGACGACCUGUUCGAGUCCAUCCUGCACGACGACGUGCUCUACCCCGUCUGGCUGUCCAAGGAGGCCGUCUCCAUCCUCAAGGGUGAGUGCCCCGACGCUGGUCCUGCGAGCCCGACACGAGGACGAC